AUGGCAACGCCCCUCAGGCCAGCCCCGGCCCGCCCAUAUCGAGAUCUCAUAACGCCGGUGCUGCAUCGGAGAUUCGUCAAAUCGUUUCUGCUCACAUUGGGGCUCUGCUAUGCAGAAGCUGUCCUCCUGGGCAAAUGGGAUUUGCUGUGGAAAUGGUUUCCACUCGGAUUCGCAGGGCUUCGGACGCUCAUGCUCUCCGUACCGGCCCUCGUAAUCCUCAUCCUCCGCGUCGCGCAGUUACACAUCGGAACGCGAACCACCGUAUACCCCUUCGAGUCCUUCUGGCAGCACCUGAUCAGUCUCAACGCUCUCUGGACAAUGUCCUGCUACUGCCUGUCAGCAAUGCUUUUCAGCGAGGUGUACAUUUGGUCCGCCGCAUCUGACGCGACGUUGGGCUGGAUUGAUCAGGGAAAGUCCUACGAGCGCCCGAGACUGAACGAACGACCAGUCUAUCUACGAACCUUGUUCAUGUGUCUGGCAGUAGUACAGUCGGCUGUCCACCUUUACCACGACUAUGCUGGAGUUAAUAUUCCGGUCCAACCGACGUCCCCUAAACCUAACGAUCCGAAUCCGACGCCUGCCAGAUCUCCAUUUGCUCAGAUCUGGGAUAUGAAGCUCAAGAUCUUCCUGAAAGGCACCAUGCGGGUACUCGGAACCGUCGUCGUAGGGUCGUUCAUAUACUACUUCUUCAUUCGCCAGACAGCGUACAAGAUUGCCUUCGCACUCGCGAAGCCUUUCUUCCACCUCCCAAAGACCGCAAAACCCGGCAGCAUAGCCAGCCUCGGCGAUCUGGCCGGCCGUUUUAUCCUCCACGGAUCCAUCCUCCUCUGCAUCUGGGAGUUCGCCAAUGCCGUCUUCUCCACUUACGUCGCGCUCGGCCCCCUCAAAAAAGACAGACCCAUCACAGACGACUCCAAAGACCCGAACGGCACCCUCCUAAACGGACUCAAAUCCAGAAAGAACGUCCACCGCACCUUCGCCUUCUGGGAGCUCGCCCUCAUAACCCAGCGCUUCUCCACGCGCCGCCCGACUAUCUACUCUGAAAUCGACCGCGCGGGCGGCAGCACCUGGAGCCAGAUCCUGCGCCUCUGCCUCGAAGAGAUCAACGCUGUGAAAACGCGCAUCGACGCGCAAUCUAGGCCUCUGCCCACCGCAGCGCAAACCUCCCAACAACAGCAGCAACAGCAACAGUCCCAGAUCCAGCCCCUCCCCCGCAUCGCAGACAGACCCGUCGCGACCGACGAUAUCUUCAGCACCCCGCCCCGGCACAACACCGCAUCGACGGAGAUCGCCGCCUUCGCUAAAUCCGUCGGCGGAACUCCCAACGCGCGCCCCCUACAAAAGUUGAGCCCAGUCGCGCACAAGUUGCUCGAGUACGGCAAGGGCGCGCUGAGCGAGGAGAAGCAAGCUCAGCUACGGCCGCAGAAUAUUAGGGGCAAGGCGAAUGGGUACCUGCUCGCUGCGCUGCGCUCGCCCGUCGGAUGGCCGUUCCGCCGGACGUUCGCGAGGCGGGUAACGGCGGUCGUGUUCGGCGCGCCCGUGUCACGGUGCGCUGUGAUCGUCAAUGCAACGAACGCGCUCGCAACGUUGGCGGUGAAUAGUCUAAAGGAGGACCCAUACGGGACGGUAGCGAAGGAUAUGCCUGUUAUAAUACGCAGUCUAGUCUCUGCGAUUACGGCGGUUGAGGGGUUCGUCAAGAGGCUUGAUGUUGAUUGGACGGAUGUCGAGUUUCAGGACAGCGAUAGGGAUGUGUCGGAGGUGACGGCGCUGCUGGAGGUGUUGAAGGGCGCGCUGAGGGAAAUUCUGGGCGCGUUUGGCGAGUUUCUGGGGGGAUUGGGGAUGGGUGAUAGAGAGGUGAGGGCCGCGAAAGAGGUCGCGUCAGAACCUAAAGGGCUGAACGACAGGGAGGAGCAAGGACAAGGGAGUGGGAACAGCGGGAAGGGGAACUCCGGACGGAGACAGCCGGAGAUGGCUCAGAGGCGGUCGUGA